CAGUCCCCAUUGUUCAAAAAAUCUUUUCAAUACCCACCCAUCCGCCCUCCCCAUGGGGGGAGCCAUGGCAACUGGUAUAAACUUGCAGCUUCCUUCCUAGGUUUGGUGUUACUGAAACUUGGGUGUCGCUUCAGCUAUUCAUUGCAGUAUCAAAAAUCUUGUAGUUUGUGUAAUAGUUCCAGCUACAUGGAGGACGAUUCAGUAUUACUGAAAAGCCAGGGAAAGACAGAGUUUCCAAAGUUCAGCUGCAUCUGUGAGCUCUGCAAUUGUGGGCGUCACAAACAUCACAAGGGCUGCAGAAAGAGGAAUGCAGAAACAAGGAUUAUCUGGGGUUCAGACAGCUGUCUGCUCAGCCAUUACACAGCCACCUUCACCUGGCCCCAUAAGAGAAAACGAAGCAGCAGGAGACCCCAGCUCUCACAGGUCCUGCUGGCACAGUCUCCAACCAAUCAGCAGGGCGGUCAAUACCUCUCCAAUCCUACAUUCAGGCAGACACCAAGGCUUGUGGCUAGAGGUUCCCCAAAGCUGUUACAAGCACCUUACCUUCAGAAUUUGACUAGCCCUCCUGUACAGUCAGCUGUGCCAGACACCACCACCCUUCAGCAAACCUCUGACCAAGAUGCAGUCAGACGUAAAGCCACCACCACAAGCUACCAGCAGCACAAGCGGGCAGCAUACUCACACUCAUUCCCCAGGCUGGGGGAGUUGCCUGCUGUUAUAGGCUCUGUACUCUACCCAGACCAGAGGGAGAAGAUGGAAACAACAACCAAUCGGGAGUUUGUCCCAAAAACAGGCGGCAGACCAGAGAGGAAACAGGUGGUACAGUGCAACCUAAUGCUAGAAGGAGAGCGAAACUUGGCCACGACACACCGUCAGGAAUUCAAGCCAUAUCCUCUAGAGGGUGCUCCUGUGGCAAGACAGCAAUCAGCUCUUAUGAAAGAGGAAGAGGUAUCAAGCAAAGGGGUGCCAAUGGAAUCUGUCACGCGAUAUAGCCAUGAUUUCCCCUCACGCACCUGCCUGCCCAAACGAAGAAACCCUGUCCGACCCCACCCCGACAACCUCAUGAUCAAUCCAGCACUGAGGACUGAAUUUAGGACAGUCCAAAUGGAUACUUAUCCUGGCUGGAACACCUUGGAACACCGCAGACCAGCCCCAGCCAAGCUCAGAGAGGAGCUCUCUGUUAGAAGCAGUGAUCACCAUUUCCAAGGGGAUACUGUUACAAAGCUGGAUUUCCAGCCCCUUCCUCUCCCCAGCUCUCGCCAUAAGCCACAGCCCCUGAUGCCUACACUGAAACCCCUGCAGGGGCUGUUUGAUGACCGGACUGCCAACAAGGAGUUCUUCAAGGACUGGGGGGUCUGCAGGCGGGUUCGCCAUGGUGACCGAUAUGAUGGGUUGACCUAUCUGAAGCCUACAGGCAAGUUUGAGGGCGAAACAACAAACUCUCAGACAUUCUUCCAGAAAAAAGUGGAGAGGGUGAGGAAUUGUAAGCCUGAGCAGAGACUGGAAGAGGACCGGGGAGAGCAUACCUUUGCCACAGAGCACAGAGAAGCCUACAGGCCACUCAGCCUCCCAGUUUGCCAGCUGCAGCUGUAUCUGGAACAGAAUCCACCUACCAGUCAGGGACAACCAAAGCCAUCUGCUGUCGAGACCUAAGAACUACAAGCAACACCAGUGUCUUUUAUCUUCAGUUUUCUCAGGGCCAGAUUGAAUAAGAAAACAAUUGCUGCGCAAAACCGUUCACUGUAUUGUGCUGUGUUAGGUGUGUUGCGGCCAGAGAUACCGACACAUUAAUGACCAGUUAACAAAGAAUGUUUCUAUUUACGCCGUUAAAUAAACGCCCUCAUUUGCAAUUUUGCGGUAGGAGACACCCAUAAAAAGGGUCAGUAACAAUAUUGCAUGCUUACACCUCCAGAUUACGAGGCACUAAGAAAUGAGUACGCAGCAACCAAGCACGUUGAAGCAAGGAAAAGAAAACUUAAAUUUACACAUCAGAAACUUUUGGUAAUGGUCAACAAGACAGCAAGAGCUUCACACCAUAUUACAGCAUAGGAAUACACCCCAGGAGAAGAUGAGGAGGACAAAAAUUUACAAAAUGAAUCCUUUCGGUACAAUAAAAUGAACAGUAGGGGAUGUAAAAAAAAAAUCCCUAAGAGGGCAAAAGUGGAUAGCUAGCUAUAUUACAUCUUGGUAGCUGUACAUAUACAAAAAUGCAUUUAUGGGUAAGUUUGUUUAUUAUUUAAUCUGAAUUAUGCACAUAGUAAAGUUAGGCAUUCGUGGAAUAUGAAUACGUAAAGUUAUUGUAUCCAGUUGUGUGGGAAUGGAGUCACUUGAAGUCGGUCAAUGUCUCGUUAGCCGCCGGUGUGGCAUGAACAUCAAACUAAUGUAACCAAACUAGGUUACAUUGGUUUGGUGGCCUAGCCUCUUUAAGGUCUAGCUGCAGCAGAUUUGAAUGACACUUUCCUCAAAAUCAGCAACUUAUUACCCAAAAUCUGAGAGCUUACGCACACUAGACACUGGACUAGCAAAUGUUAACAUGGUGCACAAAUAGUGUAAAUUCAAUAUAGUCUCAACUACUGAGGCUGAAAAUAUGUCUAUGAAAAUAGUCAUUUGAUGCCAGGAUGAAAACCUUACCUGUGUAGAUGUUUAAAAGUUUUACUCUUUUUUUUUUUUUUUUUAAUUUUUGAGAAAAAAAGAAUAUAUAUAUGGCGGCUAUUCAUUCUCUGCCUCUGGAGUUAAGUGCAAGUUUUGUGGGUGACAUCACAAGGGCAAAAUAACAGGAAUACUGUAUAACGUUACAAGGAAAUUACAGUAAGGUAGGCUACAGUAGAACUUAUUGUGCUAUAAAAUAUUCCCACCUGUCUAGAAUUUCCACAGAAUGCCAUGCAAAUUACUGUAACAUACUAUAACCAACAAAUAUAGAAUUGUACAGUAGAUUUUACAGUACUGUACAGUAAAAACUACAACAUUCUUCUGUAUCGUGCCUAUAUCCUGGUGCUUUUCAGUUUUGAAUCUUCCCCUGCUUCUAAACUGGUAACAAAUUUACCUUCAUACUUAAUACACUUUAAUUCAACCAAUAAACCUUACACCUCUUCAUGAGGCUAGAAACGUAAAAGAUACUACGUUAGAGUUCAUUUAAGAUUUAGCUGUGUGUAUUGAUAUGGCUGUGUAGAAAUUACAAGACCUUUGUUUUAAAAUGAAUAAUAAAAAAAUAAAAAUUCCUGUGGUAUCAAACAUGAUAUCAAAUUGGGUAUUGAAACAAUUAUGUACCAACAUUUGCAAAUAAAACUCACAAAAAAUUUGAAAGAAGCUAAAGUUUGAAGUGAAAUAUAAACCUACAUAUUUGAUUUGAAAGUGCCUGUGAAUGUAGUUUUUAAGGUUCACCUUAUUGAUACACAGAAUUGAAGAGAUCGUGGUGCUUGUGGUGGCUUUCUGAACACUGGGAAGCUUCAGGACCAGGAACAUAUUCA